AUAAUAAUAUUAUACGACACGACCGGCGGCACCAUCCGUGUUAGUAACGCGGUUAUGCUGGUACCCGUCGAUCGACGACCGUAUCUCUUUGGCAGCCAAAACUGACUUUGUAUUCACCUGCUCGACGACACUGUGGAAUUAUCAUAUUUUACAACCGACCAUGUUGAGUACGCCCAACCCCGGGCCCGGCUUUGAUAUUUUCUCCACGGUACAGCCGGUCGUGCGACGCGUCCAGCCCGUGGACGAAGACCGGUCGCUGCCCGGACCGGACCUGCGACCGAGCACAUGCGGCGGUACGUUCCACGUGAUGCCCGCCGAAGUCCGCCCUCCUCAGCCGGGGAUCAUGUGCCCGUCAAAAUCGAUCUCAAUGAAGAAUGUCAUUUCCGAUAUCCCGCCUGACAUUGGCCAUUUCAAUAGGAGUUGCAGCCAAAAAAGACAUUCCGUCACUGACUUGGUAGAUCAGCUUCUGGUGGAUAUUUACAAAAUGGCACAUUCCGGCAGCGUGUGUUCUGCUGAAUCAUCUACUGAACAGACAAAUUGGCCAGAUCACACCAACAGAUUUGCUAUAACGAGUACUUGGUCUAAGAGAUUGUACAGAAAAAGUUUGGAAGAACUAGUCACGGCUAUCGAGUUGCUCAAAGAUCAAUUAACCGUAUGCUGUGAUUCACUGGUGAAAGCGUUAAAACGGAGAGAUGCUCUUAUCGCCCGCAGGGACGCCAAGUGCAACAUGAUCACGGCCUUGCUCCACGCGUACUCGAUGAAACGAAGUGAAGAUACCAGAAUGAGAUUCAACGUGAAGCCUGGACCUGGGGAUAGUGACUUUGAACAGUGGCAGAGUGCUAUGAAAAUGGUCGCCAGACUUCCGGAUGGGGUACCUCACGAGUUCCGUAACACCUUGUGGCUCACACUGGCAGAAAAAUACUUGGCAUCAAGAAACGUAGAAUGGCCAAAAGUGGAGCGUUUUUGCUUCAACGACUGCACAAAUCCGGACGACGAAGAGCUUGGCGUCCAGAUCGUGAAGGACUUACACCGGACCGGUUGUAGUCUGUUCUGUGGUUCUUCUGGUUUGGAAAACCAAGCUUUGCUCAAGCGGGUAUUACUGGGCUUUGCCCGGUGGAACAAAGCUGUGGGUUACUGUCAGGGGUUCAACAUGUUGGCCGCCCUAAUAUUGCAAGUGAUGGAGAAAAACGAAUCGGACGCUCUUAAGGUAAUGAUUUAUUUAAUUGAAGGCGUACUACCAGAGGGUUACUUUGCCAAUAACCUCCGAGGCCUGUCUGUAGAUAUGGCGGUCUUUCGAGAUUUACUGAGGGUAAGACUUCAGAACCUCUCUCGGCAUCUGGACAGACUGCAAAAUGAAUCAAAAGACUCAGGCACCAGUUAUGAGCCACCGCUAACCAACGUUUUCACUAUGCAAUGGUUCCUUACAUUGUUCUGCAAUUGUCUUCCUCAGCGUACAGUACUGCGAGUUUGGGAUCUUAUAUUCCUCGAAGGAAGUACUGUCUUAUUGAAAACGGCAUUGGCCAUGUGGGACGCCUUAUCCGACCGAAUAAUGACUGUGACGAGUGCAGAUGAGUUUUACAGCAUUAUGGCUGUUCUCACCCGGGAAAUGCUCGAGUUCGGUUUAAUGGACGCCAACAAUCUUAUAAGUACAAUAAGCACGAUGAGCGAGCUGGUCGAAGUUAAAGAACUUCGGGAACGAUACAUGUACAACAUCAACCCAUGGGUUAGUCACAUGGCAAAACGAGGAUUGCGGUUGUUCUACAACGAUUCCGAUGUUGAUGAUACCGACAGUGACGAAGACACCGACAAUAAAUCAGCGGUGUCGUAUACUUCAAAUUACGAAGGAAUGGACUGCGCUAAGAGAAGGGAUAGCAAAAACAGUCGAACCGCGAGGCGGCCAGUGCCGAGUUUGGAAUCCGAGAGAGAGAAAGUCGCACUGGAUAUAUCUUUGUUGAAAAAACAAUACAGCAAACUCAAAGAACGUCAGAAGCAAGUGCAAGUCAUUCUGACCGCUGCUUGCAACGGACAAAAUAUUAUUGGAACCGCCAACUCCUCGGCAAUGAAUCACCUACUGUUUGGCAAAACCGCUCUACGGUGUACGUCGAUGGCACCCAUACCGGGUUCUAUACCGUUAAAGUUUAUACAAGAUGUUCAAAAACCUGAAGUGAAAAAAGAGCCCAGGCACAAGAAGAAGCUCAGCGUGUCGUCGUCAUCGUCUUCGUCUACCUCUACCGAGCUGUGUGACGACCCGGCGUCGGAUAGCGAACCAUCGGAGGCCAACGAAUGUGAUAGUAAAAAUUGUGAUGACAAAGAUGAGCACGUGGACAACGAAAAGACUGACUGCGACGUUAGUUUGUCGGAAGUUCUGCGAGCUAACUCUGAGAUUUUAAAUAGGAUUUGCAAAGUCGACGAUGAGCAUCCACAAGCUUCACUCGACCCGUCCAAUAGCUCUUUGGAAGAUCGACUGCCGGACCUUAUAAGCGAUAUCGAACUCGUCCAAGAAGAUGUCGGUGAUGACUGUCCACAUCUGAACCACUCAAAAGGCGAGUUGUCAGAGUUUACAAGUACUUCUGAAGACUCGGUGCAGCAGUGUCGCAACUUAACGUUGGAAUGGUCCGAAAGCAUAGUGGACAGCGAAGCUGAGGAAUACAAACAAUUAGAAAAUGUCAAAAGUAUAGGUGUGGCAAAAACCGAGGAUUCCGAAGAGCCUGUGUGGAAUUGUGGAAACGAUAGCGAAGACGAUAUGAACGAAUGUCGAGUCCCUCCAAAGCCGUUUCCCUCGAAAAUCAGGCAACCCAAACAAUUGAGCAUCGAGUUGGGGCUUUAUCCAAGCGAAUCGUCUAACUGACUUCAUCCAACUAUAACAAUCAUUUGAUUACUUCUGAUUCUUAAAAUAUGUUAACUACUAUUGUUUUUACAAAAUUCAGUGAUUUAUGGUAUUAUUGUAAUUAUUAUGGUCCGGAUUGGCUGAUUGGCAAUCAUUGCUAACGUUUUUGUGAGUCUAUCGAGUGUUUAAAGCUCAUGUGAUAUUUUUUUAUUAUAUAAUAUUAUUAUUAUUACAACUACAAUAAUGAUUUUAUGUACUGUUGUACGCGGCUUAAACUGUACCUUAUUGUGUCGGGGGACAAAAACCUAAAAUGUUAUUUCUAAAAUUAUCUUUCGAUUGAGCUUCACGUUUCUAAUAAUUGUUAUAUACUGAAUGUUUGUUUUUUAAUCUUUUCAGUGACAUAAACAUUUAUUCUACGUUAUCAAUACAACGUCCUACUGUGUUUUAAUUAAUCGCUAGACCACCUGUAAACCGUAUUUAUUACAAGUAAUAAACUGGUGGACAUGGUCUUAUCACAGUCAUUGUCGACGGUUGUUCGUAGUUGACAAUGCCAGUAAAAUUAAUUCACUUGAUAAACAGUGGGAAUCUAAUCAAACGUUUUAGUGCUAUCAAAACCACUAGGCCAAUAAUAUAGUGUCUGGAUUGAUAAUUGAUUAUAAAACGCUGAAAUUGUCAUCAUUUUAUUAUUCACAAAAAAUAUUUUCUGAUAUGAUAUAAUAGUAACAUUGUGUUUUUUUUUAAUUAUAUUAUUUAAAAAUUAUUCGAUUCUAAAUUAAUAUUUUCUUAUUUUAUUUUUAUUAAAUAAAUAUUAUUGAAUUCGGUGUCAAUACCAAAUCGGCUUACUCAUUUGUUUUAUCCGAUUGUGCUAAAUUAUACUUAAAAUUGUUGUUUUCUCUUUGUAUUUCUCUUAAAUGUA